AUGUGUGCUUAUAUAAUUAAAGAUUUCUUGAGGAUUAAUCCUUCGAAAUUGAGUGGCUCCAAGGCGGAAGAAGAUCCAAAUGGGUUAACAGAUGAGGUUUCUAAGACUCUUGCUAUUAUGGGGUUGACUUCUAGCGAGAAAGCGGAGCUAGCCACUUACCAAUUGAAAGAUGUGUUUCAAGUUUUGUAUGAGAAAUGGAAAGAUUCUAGGCAGGUAGAGGCGGUUCCCAUAGAGUGGGAGAUCUUUAAUUCGACUUUCCUUGAAAGGUUUUUUCCUACGGAAUUGACGGAGGCUAAGUUUGGGGAAUUCAUAAACCUGAAACAAAAUAAGAUGAGUGUUAAGGAGUAUGCUUUGGAGUUCACUCAAUUGUCUAAUUAUUCUCCAAUCUUGGUAGCAAACCCCAAUAAGUUUGUGACGGGGGUGUCCGAAUUUAGUGGAAGAAGAGUUUCGUAUGACAAUGCUUGUAGAUGA